GCUCCCCCGAUAUCCUUGAUAUCGGCCACCGACGUGCCAGACGCUGUAUUCUGGUUCCAAUUCUGAGACUUGGUGCUGCGCGAAGAAAUUACUGCCGCUGAGACAGCUCCCCGCGAGUGCUCCCUGUCUCAUCAGCCUUGGGAUUGCGACCGAUGUCGUUAAGAUCGCCUCGGUCUCCCCAGCAGAGGGGCUUCCUCCCCAUCUCGGGCGAACCUAGCGCCAGCGAGAUGCAGGAGAUACCUCUGCGCCCCGUCCGCAGCAACGCCAGUUCGAUCACCGGCUCUCGGAAGGUCAACACCGAGCGCAUGGACGAGAAACAUGCCCUCUUUGACAAGGCCGUCGGCGGGCCCGCCGGCAGGAGGCGUGUUCGGAACGACCUCCAGCGCACUGGCUCGACUGACCUGUCCGAGGACGCCUCGCUCAACGCCAUGGGCCGCUUGUACAACAAGAUUGUCGGCUUCUCCGUCAUUACCCGCUACCUCGUCUACGUGGCCCCCGUCGCCAUUCUGCUUGCCGUUCCCAUCGUCGUCCUGCCGCUCACCGGCGACAAGGAUCGCGUCUCUCUCGGCGACGGGCGCAGCCACAGCUUGUUCCUGCUUUUCGUCUGGAUCGAGACAUCAUGGCUAGCCCUGUGGGCCGGCAAGAUGGUUGCCCGUUUCCUGCCCUUCCUCUUCAUGUUCUUCUGCGGCGUCAUCAGCUCCGGCACGAGAAAAUAUGCCACCGUCCUGCGCGCCCUCGAGAUCCCCUUUUCGCUGUUCUUCUGGGGUCUGGCCUCCUGGCUGUCCUUCAAGUUCAUGUUCCAAGGCACGAACAGGCAGUGGGAGGAUACCAUCGAGCGCAUCCUGCUGUCGCUCUUCCUGUCCUCGGCCGUUCUCCUGGGAGAGAAGUUCCUCGUGCAGCUCAUCAGCAUCACCUACCACCAGCGCUCCUUUGCCAACCGGAUCCAGGAUUCCAAGCGCGAGAUCUACCUCCUGGGUCUGAUGUACGAGGCCUCGCGCACUCUCUUCCCCAUGUACUGUCCCGAAUUCGAACACGAGGACUACAUCAUCGCCGACAGCAUCGACACCAUCCUCAGCGGCGGCAAGUCGCGCAACAGGAAGGGCGUUGCCUCCGCCCCCAUGAGACUGGUCGGCGAUGUCGGCCGUCUGGGCGACAAGAUCACGUCCGUGUUCGGGAACCUCGCUUCCGAGAUCACCGGAAAGCAGGUCUUCAACCCUAAUUCGGCCCACUCUGUCGUGGUCGAAGCGCUCGAGAAGGUGCGCAGCUCCGAGGCUAUGGCUCGCCGCAUCUGGAUGUCCUUUGUCGUCGAAGGCCAAGAUGCCCUCUCCAUGGACGACAUCAUCGAGGUCAUGGGUCCCGCCCACCGCGAGGAGGCCGAAGAGUGCUUCUACGCCAUCGAUGCCGAUCAUAACGGCGACAUCAGCUUGGACGAGAUGAUCCGCAAGGUCGUCGACAUCGGAAAGGAGCGCAAGGCCAUCGCCAACAGCAUGAAGGACAUCAGCCAGGCGCUCGCCGUCUUCGACAAGGUGCUCCUGUUUGUCGUCCUGAUUGUGGUCAUCAUCAUCUUCUUGGCCGUCUUCCAGAGCAGCUUCAUCGCCACUCUAACGACAGCCGGAACCACUCUGCUCUCCCUGUCCUUCGUCUUCGCUGUCACCACCCAGGAAUUCUUGGGUUCCUGCAUCUUUCUCUUCGUGAAGCACCCGUACGACGUGGGUGAUCGCGUCGACAUCACCGGCCCUGAAAAGGAACAGUUGAUCGUCGAGAAGAUCUCCCUUCUCUACACGGUCUUCACACGUAUCGACAAGAUGCAGGUCGUGCAGGUGCCCAACAUCUCUCUCAACAAUCUCUGGAUUGAGAAUGUGACCCGAAGCAAGGCCAUGAAGGAGGUGAUUGAAGUCAACGUCUCGUUUGACACGUCGUUCGAGGAUAUCGAGUUGCUGCGCCAGGAAAUGGAGAAAUUCGUGCGCGCGCCGGAGAACUGCCGUGAUUUCCAGCCGGAUAUCGCGAUCGGUGUGGGCGGUGUUGGCAACUGCGAUAAGCUGACGCUCACGAUCGCCAUCAAGCACAAGUCCAACUGGCACAACGAGGCCGUCCGCGCCACGCGCCGCUCCAAGUUCAUGUGUGCGCUUGCCCUCGCGCUCAAGCGCGUUCCCAUCAACGGCCCCGGCGGCGGCGGCGAUCCUCUUGGCGGACCUUCCAACCCAACGUACAGCGUUGCCGUCACGGACGAGUUCGCCGCCAACGCCCGCGCCAAGUCCGAGGAGAGCAAGGCGGCCAAGAAGCUGGCCAACCAGAACCCCGACGAGGCCGCUGGCACUGUCGCGAACACGUCUGCUGAACAACGAGCAGCCGAGCAGAUCAACACCACCAGUCCCGUGGCCGAGGCGCUCGAUGACUGGGGUUAUGAGAACACCCUCGCCGGCCGCGACCCCUCGGCUGACCGCAGCCGCACCGGCGCCGCAGGAGCGUCACCGCGCACGGAUGCCCUCAGCGCCCGCGAGUCCCAGCGCGGCCGUCGUAAGGCUGGCGAAACGCUCCCGCCUAAUGUCCUACUUGGCGAGAACGCCGACAUGCCAGCUCUCCAGCUGACUCGCAGCUCAACCUCGACUCGCCAAAACACCCAGCGUUCGUUCGACGUCGAGCGACAGGCGGGCAUGCCAGCCCCGCCUGGCGCGUCGCCUUUCACCACCUGGACGGCGUAUGAUCCGCAGGGCUUGGCCCCCGGCGCCGUCGACGCUGCCGGCAUCCCCCUCCAGCCGGGCUCGUUUGGCUCUCCGUCGAUGGGCGCGGGGCCGACGUAUCCGAACGUCCAGCAGCCGGGCGCGCCGGUUCAGCGAGCCGCGUCGGGAAGGUCCCCGGUCGGCGCGAGGCCGCGGGGGAGCAGCGUAAGCCGGCCGCCACAGGGUGAUCCUCCUGCGCAGGGAGGGGCAGCCUCGGGUAGCGGUGCUGCCGGGUCCUCGGCUAGGUUCUGAGCGUCCGAUUGCAUUUGCUGCGGGAGCGUGACAGGGGAAAACGUCGGCUUCUAUAGAGAUGGGUCUGGCAGGCCACCUUCAACUGAGCCUGUCUGUUAUUGCAUGGGCAUGGCUAUUUGGGACCGAAAUGGAGCAUGGAAAAAUUUAUGGCCAGGAUCACAGGGCCGACAGCUGGCCUUGGCGAACUUACAGUUGUGUAUAGACUUGGGGUCUGUAGAACCCAGCAUUUAGAGCAAAGAAAGAUCUUGGCGAUCUACUUCCUAACUGCACGGAUACCGC